UGGCAGUAAGAAAAACAAACUACGUGAAGGACCUUUGUCCUUCCUUGCUGAAACGGCAAGAAUUGUACGUAGUCACUACCGAACUGGAGGCUUAAACAAGGAAGAAGACGAAGAGGAAAUUCGAGAACCUCAACCAGGAAGAUAUUCGGCCCGGGAGGAACUUUACCAUCGGUCUUUUUACAUUCUCGGGCAAACGGACAGUGGAUAG